UCUUUUUUUUUUUUUUUACAGUGAGUUAUUGGGGAAUGGUGUAAUUUUGCGGGAAAUUCACUUUUCCUCGUCAAAAUGGCACCUCCAUAUUUGUAGCUGUCCUCUCUGUCCCCCUUCUAACGCAAACCCAAAACUCUCUCUCUCCCUCAUCACUGCCUACAACCUCGCUUUCCUUCCUUCCUUUCCCCUUCUCUUCUUCCCCCAUUGCUCUCUCUCUCUCUCUCUCUCUCUCUCACUCACUUUCUUCUCCCCACUUCACUCCCUCUCCCUCAUUCCAUCCUCCCUCCAUUUUCCCUUCUCCACAUCCAUCCAGCAGAAUAACGGGGGGAAAUUACCCACCCCUGAAAAUAUAGCAAUUACUUACAGGAGGAAGAGAAAUUAGACAAGAAAAAAAAAAGGGGUCAUGGAAGAAGCACCAGAAUUGUACCAAUCCAACAAUGGCGGAGGAGGAUUCUGCAUUACCACUCCUCCUCCUUCGUUUGGCGGGAGUAAUAAUAGUGAAAAGCAUUCUAGUAGUAUCGAUAAUUCCAAGCCCAGUACUGGCGGUGGAAGUGAGCAUUUCGUCGUGGAAGACCUCUUGGAUUUCUCCAACGAGGACGAGGAGGACGACGACGCCGUACUCGCCGACACCACCACCGACUCCUCCACUGUUACCGUCGUUGAUAACAGCUGCAAUUCCUCCUCCUUCUCCGGCUCCGGCUCCGACCCUCCCUCCGGCUUCAAUCACCCUCCUCCUCCGGCCGCAGCUUUCUCCGACUCCCACUUCUCCAACGACCUCUGCGUCCCGUACGAUGAUUUGGCGGAGCUGGAAUGGCUAUCGAAUUUCGUGGAGGAAUCGUCGUUCUCGAGCGAGGACCUGCAAAAGCUGCAGCUCCUCUCCGGGAUUAAAUCCCGCCGCACCGACGAUUCGUCCGCUAUCACCACCGGGAACAACAACAACAGCAACAACCCCAUUUUCGACGCCGACGUCUCCAUCCCGGCGAAGACGAGGAGCAAGCGGUCCCGCACGGCAGCCUGCAAUUGGGCGUCCCGCCUCCUCGUUCUCUCCCCGACUUCCUCCACCUCUUCUUCCGCCGCUGAACCGCCGGAAAUCACCGUCGCUCCGCCCCCUCCUCCCCCGCCGGCGCUCCAGCCGCCGCCGACGGCGGCGGCGUUGUUCCACCACCACCCGGCGAUGAUGAUGACGACGGCGAAGAAGACGGUGAAAUUGACGGCGCCGAAGAAGAGAGACGGCGGCGGGGGAGGAGGAGGGAGCAACGGCGGGGAGGGGCGGAAAUGCCUGCAUUGCGCCACCGACAAGACGCCGCAGUGGCGGACGGGCCCGCUGGGCCCGAAGACGCUGUGCAACGCGUGCGGGGUGAGGUACAAGUCCGGGAGGCUGGUGCCGGAGUACAGGCCGGCGGCGAGCCCGACGUUCGUGCUCACGAAGCACUCAAACUCCCACCGGAAGGUUAUGGAGCUGCGGCGGCAGAAGGAGAUGAUGAGGGCCCACCACCCGGUGGCUACUACUACGACGUCGUCUUCGCAUCAUAGUCAGCACCAACAGCAACAGUUCCUGCACGGCCAUUCUCAUCAUAACAACCAGCAACACCACCAUCACCACCAUCAAAGCAUGGUGUUCGAUGUCUCAUCCAACGGUGGAGGUGACGACUACUUGAUUCACCAACACGUGGGCCCCGAUUUCAGGCAGCUCAUUUAGAGAGGGCCCUAUUUUUUUGGGGGGUUUUUUUUGUUUCUUUUUUGUCUUAAAAAUUAAAAUUAGCAUAGGCGGAAAACAAGUCACGAGUUUAGUGAAUUUCGCUUAAUCUUUUUUUUUUCCUUCUAAUUUCCUUUCUAUUUUUGGGUUACUUUUAGGCCUAAUUUCGAUUUUCUGCUUUUUUGUCUUGGAUUUUGCUUAACAUUUUCCUUGAAUUUUCCAUAGGUUAUAAAUCAUGAAUUUUCUCGUCCAUGCUAUAUGAUUCGAUUCUUGCUUGAUUUAUUUGCCAAAAUGAGU